GAAUAAGUUCAGCACAACCCCCUGAGUGACCUUUUGGAUUCGAAUAAAGUCAGUUACUACUUGUCCUUGUACCUGUUCCUUCAAGCAGAUUUGAAACUAGAUCCUUUUUUUGUUUUGGAGUACCUUUUCCUGGUGAUUUUCUCUCUCCCUGAGCCCAAACCAUUAACCGACGUUUAAGUCUUUCAACCUCACAUUACCAGAACAUCACAAUAAAAGGGUUUAAAACAAUAUGUUCUAACCCUCAAUUUAUACCCCCCUUAAGCCCAACCAGCCCAACAAAAGAAGGUUGAAGAAGAAGUAGAACAAAUAGAAAGAUUCCAUACUCCAAUUGAAAUGACUUUGAUGACAGAACAACCCACCAGUACAGCUAAUAGUCCUUCUAUGGUUGCCAAUGAGGUGUCCAUAGACUUGCACCCUUCGAGUGACCAACUCCCACUUAACCAACUAGUUCAACCGUCCAAAUCGAGACCUGUUUUCGAUUAUGAUGCUGAUCUUUUAAAGCUUUGUCAAGUGUACCUUAAGGAGAAAAACCAUCAUGGAUUGGCACUUUUAUCUCGACAAAAGGGAUUACCACCCUUUUUGAGAUUCAAAAUAUGGCCAGUAUUACUUAAAUAUCAUCCAUUUGUAUUAAACCCAUUCCUUCAACCUGAUAGUAUUGAUGAUGAAGUGGUGACUAAAAAUUCCGAUACUUCAUCAAUUUCAUCAUCAAAUUCCAAUACAGGAGGAACUCCUUCAUCAACCACCAAAGAAGAAGACUUAUCUAGCAAGGCAGAUGAUCUUUUACAACAAGAAAUCCGUAAGGAUUUAAGAAAAUAUAUCCAACGAUUAUCCUUUAAUAAGGAAAAACUACUUUCUGAAACUGAAAUGAUGAUCUUUGAUACUUUAGAACAUUCAAUCUUGAAAUUCAUAAAGAAAUGGGGGAGAAUCAUCAAGUAUGACAAGGCCAUGGCCUGGUUAGCAUUGGGGUUGGCAGAAUGGAUGCCAGCAAUCCCUAAAACCCCUUGGGUACUUGUCGGUAGAAACAUCACUUCCACCGAUAGAUGUUAUAAAAGUGUUUUCGAUGAUUACCAAGAGUUUAUUGAUUUACAUGAGGGGAUGAAUGAAACAUUAAAGGAAUUGGUUGAAGAUGAAACUAUUUCAAACAUGAAAUUUAAAGAUGUUUUCGAAAGAUUAACCUUGGUAUUAUUACAUUCACCGGAAAAGAGUGAGAAUAAAUCCAAUGAUCCUUCGAACAAUUUCAAUAAGCAAAAGAUAAAUAAAAGUACCUUACCAGUACAUGGGGGAUCCAUUGAAGAAAGAGUUUCAUUUUUCAUAUAUUUACUUCGGAAACUUCUUCCAGAACUAUCAACAUAUUUCCAAGAAGAACAAAUUUUAAAUAAAUUUGGAUCUCAUGAUGAUGAAUGGUUGAUUUGGUGGUUGAAAUGGUCUGGUAGUAAAGUAUGGUCUAGAGUUGAUCGUGGUAGAAUAUGGGAUCUUAUGCUUGGAUACAAGCAAGAUGAUGGGAAUUAUUCGAAAAAACUUAAUAAACUCAAACUUGAUUCUUAUUAUUUGAAUAUAUUAGGUCCAGAUAUAUUUUGGUCAGCCAUUGAUAUCAGUAAUAAGGAGGAAAAUGAAGGGUUUAAUGAUUUCAAUUCUUCAUCGACAAACACAUCAACAAGAACAUCCACAUCAUCAUCAUCAUAUGUAACCAAUAUGGGUGAUCAUAGUGCUCAACCACUUCAUAAGGCCAAUUCAUUUAAGGAUUUGAUUCAAGAGUUAACAGUACAUCAAGAUGAAUCUUCAUCUACAACACUGAAACAAACCCAACACGUAUCCACGCACACACCAUCGAGAAGAUCAUCAUCAGCAUCUUCAUCGUCUACUUGUUCAUCGUCAGAGGUUCCAGUUUCAAGAUUAGAUCCUCAUAUUGAAUUGAUUUUCAUAUCGUUAGCAAUUCUUAAAUCUAAGGAACAUACUUUAGUUGAAUUGGAUCAACAUGAAAUCAGACAAUAUCUUUCGAAAUUACCUUCUAAAUCAUACAAUCCAAGCAAUAAAUAUAAGCAACAUAUCCUUAAUAGACAAAAGGAAAAGGAAAAGGAGGAAAACAAGACUGAUGUUGCCAUUCAAUUGAGUGAAAUGGACCUCAAUUGGCAAAAAUUAUCAUCACCAUCAUCGGUGGCCGAAUCAAAUGGACUGAAUCUCCAGCAUUAUAAGGUGAAUUACAUUGACAAUGUUAUCAAUGAGGCUGGGGAAUUAUGGAGAAAAUGGUUAUGGAGAGAAAUGAUGGAAGAUGAAUGAGUAAACGAAGUAAAUAAAGGAAUACACAAGAUAAAGUAGGU